AUGUAUAAUUUUCAAGAUUAAUAAUUAUUAUAUGGAUUAGAAUUAGCUAAAUUGAGAUAUUCGAAAGAAGAAGAAAGAGCUAGAAAUAAAAAGGCUCACUUUUUCUAAUAAUAACCAUAACAUUUCAAUCAAUAUGAACAUCCAUCAUCAAUAUUUACCAGAUCAUCAUUAGAUAGCAUUCCACUUGCUCAACCUGGAAUGCCAGUAAUCCCUAUUCCCUUUACAAUGAUGCCUUGGCCAAUGGAAUCGUAAAUCUAAAUGGGUUUUGAUUUCUAGAAAUCUAAAUAAUAAUAAGAAAUUCGCUAACAGAGAAUAGAAAACAUAAUGAAUCUAGGCAAACCUAAACCAAUUUAAAAGCCUGGGGAUAAAAUACUUUACCCUCAUGAUCCCCAAUAUUUUAAUAAUUCCAGAUUGUCUUCUUUGGGGUCAUCAUAAUUAAGUUAAUAUCCAUAAUAAUACUAAUAACAAUACUAAUAAUAAUAAUAAUAAUACCAAUAAUAAUAAUAAUAAUAUUAGCAGUACUAAUAACAACAGUUGCAAAAAUAACAAUAGUAAAAAUAAGAGAUUGAUAAAUUACUUAUUUCUAAUUAAUAUGACAAACAUAUUCCUUACAAAAAAUAAGAAUAACUUAAUGAUAAACAAUUAAAAGAAGAAUUCAAAAGUUCUCUUCAUAAAUCAAAAUUAUCCAGCAGUUUGAUGAAGAGCAGUUCUCAUUCCAGCUAAUAAAAUUUUCUCAAGAAAGCUAAAAAGAAAUUACCCGUUUCUACCAAGAAGUUUAGGAUAUUCAAAGCAUCAAUAAUUUUCAUUUCAUAUUACAUAAAAACCUUAAAUUCUGAGAUUGAAAAAAAGUUAAAAAUAUGCAGAGAGAAAGAUGCUCAAAUUCCAAAUAUAUUGGAUUAUCUACUAGGAUAGUAUGAAGGAGCUUUAGAAUAAUAAAUGAUUGAAUUCUUGAAUAAUAAAGUCGACUUUAAAGUAGAAAUUGGAAAAGACAAAGAAAAUCAAGCGAAAUAUGAUAAAGUUUUUGCUUUCAUUAUUAGAUUUCUCACUUAAGCAUAGACUGUUAAAGCAGAUGAUAUAAGUCCUUUAUUUUUUGAUUUUUUAAGAUCUAUUUGCAUUCCUAAUUAAUUUCCCCCUCUUGAUUACUUUAUACAAUAUGAAGUGGAAAGGAUCAGAUUCAAUACUAUAGGCUAGAUCGGUAAGAUUGGCGAAUCAAUUCAAUUGAUGAUUAUAGAAGGAGUAAUUUUACUCAGAAUACUUGUUAAUCAGAUGAUUUUCAAAGCGUGGGAAUAUCAUCCAUCCUAAAGUGAUUAGGAUGUUCUGUUUUUUGUACAUAGAAAUGCUCUUAUUGUGGGAUCAAUUCUUGUACACAUAUAUUUAGAAAGAUAUGCAAAUGAAAUCCCCUUAAAAUUUGAUUGGAAAAAAGUGAAUUGGAAUAAAAUUAAUAUUCUUCCUUAGAUUUUUGAUGACGAGCCUGAUGGUAAAAAAGCAGUCAUCAAGAAUCUUCUUCCUAUCCAAAUAAUUUCUCCUUAUUUAAAGUAUUUGGCUGCUCAAACAAAGAAGAAUAAUGAAAUUUAAGAUUUAUUGAAUAAGAUCAUGUAAGGGUAUUUGAAAGAGUUAAAUAAAUAAACUGAAAUUUUCUUAAGAGAUAAAGAAGAGAAGCCUAGGAUGAUAAAUUUAAUUAUGAAUACGAUCUAUAGAGAAAUAUAUGUAUCUAAGAAACCAAGAAGAUAUGAUUCUGAUUGA